AUCUUUGCACUUGUCAUCGCCAUCGACAAGUACAAGGACCCGAAGAUCACUUCGCUGGAAGGCUGCGUCAAUGACGGUGACGACUUUGUCGACUUCCUCACGGAGACUCUGCAGGUCCCCUCCAAACAGAUCGCCAGACUCAGCAACGAGAAAGCUACGCGUAGCGAGAUUCUUCGUCGCUUUGAAGAACAUCUCAUCUCCAACCCUGACAUCAGCCGCGGAGAUGCCCUGGUGUUCUUCUACGCCGGCCACGGGGAUCGCGAAAGGGCGCCUGACGGUUGGGCGGCUUCGCAGGGCGACACGAUCGAGACGAUCUGCCCGUAUGAUGUUCACACAACGAACAGAAACGGGGGAGUCAAUGGCAUCCCGGGCCGGACGUUCGAUGGGCUCAUGCGGCGUUUGGCGCACGAGAAAGGAGACAACAUAGUAAGCACCUUAUCUGGUAUCCCUAUCUCAGUACUUACUAGACACUGA